AUGUCUGCAUCCCCUCCUCCGAAAGACUCGGACGUCGGACAAGGUGCCCACUCGUCGCCUGAUGAGCCAGAUGCGCAAAUGGAUCCUCAAGACCCACACGCCUCCGGCCUCUCGUACGAGUUUGAAGUUAAAGAGCAAGAUCGCUGGCUUCCAAUAGCGAAUGUUGCCCGGAUCAUGAAGACGGCACUUCCAGAGAAUGCAAAGAUCGCAAAGGAAGCAAAAGAAUGCAUGCAAGAAUGCGUGAGCGAGUUCAUCUCGUUCAUCACAAGCGAAGCUUCGGAGAAGUGUCAUCAAGAGAAGCGGAAGACGGUCAAUGGGGAGGAUAUCCUAUUUGCCAUGACCUCAUUAGGCUUUGAAAAUUACGCAGAGGCGCUCAAGAUAUACCUGUCUAAGUAUCGGGAGACUCAAUCGGCAAGAGGCGAGAAUCGUCCAGGAAGUCAAGGGUUUGGGUCGGCUCCUGCAGGCGGUUCAAGCGGGGCCGCAAAUGCGACCUCAUCCACUACAUUCCAAGGUGGAGCUGAAGGAGCCAACAGCAUCCUCGGCCAGCAGCCAGAGGGUGGUGAACACGACAGCAGCGCUUACGGAGGCCUCUAUGGCGGGCAAGUCGCCAGUGGGCACAAUGGUGCAACAGGCGGCGAUACUUAUUAG